GUAAACAGCGGCUUGUCUCUCCCUCAAUAAUAAGAAUUAUAUACACAAACUUCCUUUCUUUCGUUGUCCUUGCAAAUCGCAGAGCAAUCAAACUAAUCCAUCCAUCCAUUUAUUGGGUCGUUAUAAUUUCUUCUACCUAGCCUAUCCUUUCUUCACCAUUUCAUUUCCAUAUUCAUCCAAACCUGCAAGUUCCUUGAAAUGCUUAUUAAUUUAUGCAUAUCCAUAACAUGCAGAGUAUCUGGUAGGACUCACAUCUAGCUGGCUCCUCAUAAUCAAUUAUUUAACUAGACAGAUCCAGAAGGUGGUAUCUAAUUGUUUUUUAUAAUUUAUGGAUUUGUCUCUGCUGGAUAUAUAAAUGUUUGUCCCCCUUAUUCUGAUUGACACUGCAUCAUUAUCAAUACAUAUAAAGUGUAGAGUUGUAGUGAGAUUUAGAAAUUUGUAAUAUAAUUAGGUUUUUAUAAUGGAGGGUGAUCAGGGCAAAGUAUGGAAAAGGAGUCUUUCCAGCUCCAGCAAAUCCAACAGCUUCAAGCUUCGAAGCCCCAGCCUCAACUCAGUACGUCUGCGUCGCAUUUUUGACAUGUUCGACAAGAGCAGCGAUGGCAUGCUGACAGCAGACGAGCUGAGUCAGGCCCUCAGCAUUUUAGGCCUGGACGCGGAUCCGUCAGAGAUUGAUUCCAUGAUCAGUUCUUAUGUGAAACCAGGCAACCAGGGCCUGACUUUCGAAGACUUUGAGGCCCUUCACCAAUCUCUGAACAACGCCUUCUUCGCGGAUGGCCAGGAAGACGCCCCUGUCAGUGAGGAGGAGAGUCAGGAAUCGGAUCUGUCAGAGGCAUUCAAGGUAUUCGACGAGGAUGGAGACGGUUUUAUCUCUGCCAAGGAGUUGCAAGUGGUUCUAGGGAAGCUAGGAUUCCCUGAGAGCCGCGAGCUUGCUCGGGUAGAGAUGAUGAUAUCUUCUGUGGAUCGUAAUAAAGACGGCCGUGUCGAUUUCUUCGAGUUCAAAGAUAUGAUGCGCAAUGUCAUGGUCCGUUCAGGUUAAACUCUACUGUGUCUAAUCUGCAGAUUCCUCUGUUUUUUUUUGUUUCUUUUUCUUUUGUUUGGGAUUGUUUUAGUAUCAUAGAGGCUCAAUGAUGCAAUUCCAGACCAUUUUUAAUGUUGAUCAUUUGAUGA